AUGUCCUCAAAAGCGGGUUUGGAUUCUGAAAGUGCUCGUGCAUUACUGCAGGAGGACCUUUCUUCUGCUCUAAGGAUGCAACAUUCCACUAUUUGCGAGCUGCGGAGUGAAAAUGCCCGACUGAAGUCUGAGAAAAAUGAGCAGAGAAGGCAACUACGGGAGGAAAUAGAGCGUAAAGACGCCGUUAUUAAGCGGCAAGCUACCGCGACCCACCCGCUGCAAUUCUUGCGCCGAGGGGUGCGGGCAUCUUUGAGUGCAGAGGUGACUGCAGUUCGACAAACUCGAUUUGGGACAGACAAGCCGUCAGCUUCCGUCAAAACAGGUGCCUCGACUAACUUGAAUACCUCCACUGCCGGUUCCAAGUCUGCGUCAACCCCUUGGCGCCAGAUGCGAAGGGUUGUUAAUGCACUUGGGACUGCGGUAAGCCGCAAGAAAGCUGGAACAAAUGUUCCCGCAAUAUCCAACAAAAGGACUACACCGUGCACGCAGUCUCACCUAGGCUUUGACUCAAAGCAUCGCGCAUCUGCGAAUUCAAAGCCUUUUGCUGAAGGCGCAGCGCUUAGGCGUACUCAAUCCUCAGGCCUACUCGCCCGAUUUGCCAGCGCCAGUGCCGCUCCUUUUCUGCUGAGGAAAGCGAAGAAGGCGGCAAGAGAAGGCCAAAAGGUCCCACAUAAGGCCCAAGGAGGGGAGAAUAGCAAGUCCUGCUCGAAAUCAAACGAUGCUGCAGGCCAAAGGCCACGCAAUACGGAGGUUCAAAAGGCUGAGGCAACGAUCCCAGAUGCCUCAUCACUCGCUGAUUUCUCAGCAAGACUAAUGUGGUUACUCUUGUUUGUACUUCUCGCCGCCUUUUUGGUAAGCAGUUUGAUGUAG